CGUGCGCAUGAACGAAGCAACCUGUGAACCUUUUGCUGGUAAACAAAAUAGUUGGAAAAUUGCUGAGAAAAGUGUGGAAAAGCAACACGAACGCAUUCGCUUUUAUUGUUGCUAUUAGCCGCACGAAAACAAUUUGCAUUGUAGCCAGGACAACAACAACGGACAGCUGCAGUGCCGGAAACAACGACAACAACAACAACAGGAGAUAGAUAGGAGCUGCAGCUGCUGUGGAGGUUAUUUAUAGCAACCAAACAGCCUGCUGCCUGCCACCCCCCGACACUUAAGGAGGAGUGGGUGUGGGUGCCCCGUGUGCCUCUCUGCCUCUGUAAUUGGCCGCAAAGUCCAAGGAUACGUGUGAUAUUAUAUCCUUCUCCAGUCAAAGUCAAGUUAUUCGAGAAUCACUUGCGGAAAUGGAGUCGUCGGCAGCUGUGGCAAAUAUCGUGAAUCCCCCCACGGCAGUGGGCACCGCUGCUACGACAGCGGCCGCCACCAAGCGGAACAAUCAGCAGGGACGAAAGAAAUCGGGCCCCAAAUUCGAGCUAUCCGACGCACAAAAGUCGGACAUUAAGGAGGCCUUCGAUUUGUUCGACAACGAAUGCACCGGCUACAUCGAAGUCAAAGAACUGAAGGUGGCCAUCAGGGCCCUGGGUUUCGAGCCAAAAAAAGAGGAAAUCAAACGAAUGAUUGCGGAAAUCGAUAAGGAUGGGAGUGGCCGGAUUGCAUUCAAUGAUUUCUUGCAUCUAAUGACCAUGAAAAUGGCCGAAAAGGAUACAAAAGAGGAGAUACUGAAGGCCUUUCGGCUGUUCGAUGACGAUGAGACAGGGAAAAUAUCGUUUAAGAAUCUGAAACGUGUGGCCCGCGAGCUGGGGGAGACCCUCACCGACGAAGAGCUGCGCGAGAUGAUCGAUGAGGCGGAUCUGGACAACGAUGGAGAGGUCAAUCAGGAAGAGUUUCUGCGGAUUAUGAAAAAGACCAGCCUGUAUUAGAGAGGACAGUCCUUUCGUUUUACUUUUAAGAUUUGCAUUCCGUUUAGUAAGUUUUAAGUUUCUGUGGCUAAGCUUUUGAUGUGUUCAAUAUCCAAUCCAUUCAUUGCCUCGUGUCUGUCUCUGUUUCUCGCUCUCCUCUGGAGGUUGCUUUAAAUGUAAGUUCAAGCUGUGUUCCAUUAUAGUGUCCCACUGACAAUUUACAACCACACAAACAUUCAAUUAGCAGGCUAAGAUAAAAACUAUGAACAAACCUCCGCGCACUGGCUGUAUUUUUGCACAACAAAACACAAAUGCAAAAUAAUCUCAAGAAUGUUGGAAUAAAAUCAAAAACCCAAAAACCAUAGUAACUAUUUGUUGUUUACAGAUGCAAUAUGCAAUAAAUGUUGUUGAAUUACAUGUUACAUCGAGAUGCUGUUGCCUUUUGGUGUUUCAAUUUGGACAAAAACAAAAACUAGGGAAAAAGGGGCUUUGUAAGUUAAUUGUAAUUGUUCUUCUUUAAACUCUAUGAAACACAUGCAAAAUUGAGUCUAAAAAUAUUUAAAACCGAGCUUAAGAGCUCUGACUGAUCAAAGAAUCCAUCUACGAUUCAUUUCCAAUUGGAGUCUAAGAGAAAGUCUUUAAAAAACAGAUAAAACAGAUGAUAAAAUAUAUUUUAAUGAGUGUUGAAGGCCCAUGA